AUGUUCGGCAGGAUGUCGAAGUCGAACUCCUCGACGAGGAGCAAUUCGAUAGAGACGACUGCCGAGGGAGACCAAGACUCCGAGCCUCCUAGGGGUUGCGGCGUGCCCGAGAGCAUCAUGGAGGGGUCCGACGGGGACUUCGUACCUAACAGCCCUCCGCCUUCCUAUGAAUGCGUUCUCGAAGAGACUAGACAAAGAUCCCAACACGAUAGUUCCUCGCCAACAGAACCGCCUAAGUGUCCGGCCAUAAUGCAUAAAUCAAGUAAGGAACUCUACAAAGCUGUGGCCAAACAAUUCGGAAUUACAUGUAAAAUGUGCUUUGAUUGCCAAAGUCACUACUUCGACUGCGAGUAUGAGAAAAACGAACAAGAGAAAACGGACGGUGGCCUAGGGGCUGGAACCCCUAUGUUCAUCUCGGAAGUGAUGCACGGUACCGCAUGCACCAUAUUGUAAUCGAUGAGACUACUGGAUAUACCUAGUGAAUUGUUAAUAUAAUAUUUCAUAAAUUUUCAUCUACUCAUCUAAAUGCAUUCAAACGAAUGUGGGCAAUAGCGAUGAAUUGUCAAAGCACUGUAGUCAAACAUUUACACCAUUUAUAAAAAUGAUUGAAGUUCACAUAAAACGAACGUUGUGAUGCUCAACAACCUAUUGGUGAUAGAAGAAUCCUAUAAAUAGUAUUUAUCAAGAUUUUUGACCGUCCAAAUUCAAAACAAAGGAGUUACUUUCAAACAUGCCGUCAUGUGUCACCUUACUUGUAUCCUUUCAUAGUGACAAAAAAUAAAUCUGUCCCAUUGUUAUCCUACUUGCUGGAAGUGGACGUCUUGGAAUCUUACGUGAAAGUCUGAAUAUAAUAAUAAAACCUGUGUCACAGUUAAAAGCAAACAGGUGCUUUGACAGCUCGUUAAGCCUUUCCAUCAGAUUUGUUAUACAAAUUCCCAUAUGUUACAGACUAUUUUCAUCUAUUUUAAACGACAAUUUAACUUGUUCUUAACAUACUAUUUACAACGGAAUUCGGAAUUGUUUUACACCAUUGUACAUACUUUUAUAUGGUUAUUGGAUAUUGUACGAGAAAUGAGAAUUUGUCUUAGAAUAUGUACUAGAAAAUGGACCUGAUACUUUCAGGUAUUUAAUAAUACCUGAAUUAAAUAACUAAGGCUUGCAACGGACAAAGCUCCAUACAAGGUCAGUAUAAUAAUUAGUUAAAACUAACGUUGUCGUCAAAAUGUAUGUUUCGUAUUCGUGUUGCAUUAGAAUCAAUACUCAAAGAACAUUCGAACACUAUCAUAAAACUAAGAUUGUAUUCGUGAAGCUAUUAUUAAAAUAAGUUUUAUAUCGAUAACAAGAAAGUUGCUUAUAGCCAUGAUGAUUUUGAUUAAAAAACCAUUUGAACCAUCCAAAAUGGUCUUCUCAUGUAAUGCCAAAAUGUAGCAGGUAGCAUUAGAAGUCUACAAUUAGAAAAAAGGUAGAAAGUAAUAGUUUAUUUAUUUGAAAACGUACGUUUUGUUGUAAGCUAGGAUCGCAAGUUUAACAUCGACGACCGACGUCGCACUGACAAAAUAACGACGUAAGCGACCCGCCGCACAGAGGUCUGUAACCCCGAAAAGCUGCCAAAAAUACAAUCUCUAUGGCAUUUAUACGAUUUUCAGUAUUUCAAGAUCUUAUCAAGGACACUUUCAAAAAAAGCCGAGUAGUUGGUCCGGUCCCAACCGCAUGUCAUUUAGGUUUUUCGGCUCACCAAGUCCGAAUAGGUCACUAUAAGGGCAUCUGGAGGUGAUUUCAAUGUCACCUCAAGGACAAAUUCGAAAUGAGUCCAGUAUUAGAGCCCGCAUGCGUGUCAUAUAGGUAUUUGCGGUCAUUGAGCCAAAUCGGAGAUAAGUUUGCUUCUAG